AUGAAGGUGUUCACACGGCGAUCGACGACGACAGCCGUUGCAGUAGGUAUCGAUCAGGACUCGUUCUUGAUCGGCAAGGACGGCCUUUCCGAUGGAUCCGCAGUAGGAGAAGAGGAAGGAGUAGGAGCAGGGAAUGUCGAGAUCAAUUCGGGACUGGCAGGGUCUAUCGUCCUACAACCUACGGCAGCAGCAGCAGCAGCAGCACCUGAGCAAAGCGUCGAGGACGACGAUGAUCUAGAGGGAGAAGUAGUGGAAGUCAAUGGAGAGGCGGCGACAGAGAAAUAUACUGCCGAGAGAAAGAAGGGGAUAUUGACGACGAGACCGGAUACUCCCCAUAUUGGUCGGAACCCAAAAUCCAAGCACCACCACCACCGCGGUCAAUUGGGUGGACAACAUGGCAAGAAGAAGGGUGUUGUUCAUCGACAUCGCAUUCCCGGCGGACGCGGUGACAAGAAGCACCGAUAUGUAGGGAACAAGGACCGUAAGCAUGGACAUAUGCGCCACGAGAAGCAUAGGCACCAAGGCGGCGGACAAGGGCAAGAUAGCAAGAAACCACCUCGCGUCAGAACUCUAAUCAUCGACAAGAUCAAAUGUCACCGUCGACGAACAUCCUCACCACCCCACGUCCAUCAUGAGGAAUCCCUCCUCCGCAACUUCGACAACAACGAUGGAGACGACGAUGGCUUAGGCGGACGACCGAACGCGCUCAACACACACAAACGCGCUAAACAGAAAUAUGUCUUUAUGAGCUCCCCUUGUUCUAAUUAUCUCCCUCCUUCCUGCCCGAAUGAGAAUCAAGAUGCCCUGGUUCGGCCCCUGGCCAGUAUUGACGAGAGCCUGGAGUAUGAAGUCGUUGACCAUGACGAGGAAGUUGAUGGGGAGGGCGAUAGCGAGGAGGAGGAAGAGGAUGAUGGUGGAGAUGAUGAAGAUGAAGACGAUUAUGAGGAUGUGGACGAGAGCGCGGUCGAUGGUCGAUUGGAGGCGAGCGACAAUGACGCCACCAAAACAACUCUACCACUCAACUGCGGAUACGAGAACAACUCAGUCUACACUUGUUCCGCCAUCAUGGCUCUGCCCGUGAAGAAGUCAGCCUGCGAGAGUGACAGGAUCUGCCUUGAGACACCAACAGGCCCAACCUGCACGCCUCCGGCCUGUAUCUGCGAGGAUGAUGCGACACAUUGUGGAUCCACCUUUGACGCCGCCUGUGCACUGAAGAGCGACACGCUUUACAAGUGCACGAAUGGCGGUCUUUCGAGUGUUGCCAAGGAUUGCGCUCUGACUGGAAUUUGUUCCGCCAACAUCGUCUUGGAUUCGGGAGGCAAGAUUGGACCAAGAACUUUGGAUAUCUGUGUAUGCGCUUCUACUUUCGAUGCGCCUUGCAACUACGACAGCAAAGCCCUCCUUAUCUGCGGCGAUCUCGGAGACGUACCCAUAAUCCAAGAGAACUGCAUUGCUUCCUGCGAGGUCAAGAUCGGACCGGAUGCCUGUGCAUUCGACGAGUGUAGAUACGAGAAGCAAACCAUCUACACCUGCAAGGCCAACCAGUCGCUGCCCCAGAAGACUGUGCUAGGAACCUGCUCGGCUAAUGUUGUGGAUCCGCCUGAGGCGUUCGAGGCUGUGGUGGAUAACUUUUGCAUUGACAAGUACAAAUGCACAGUCGCCGGCACAACAGUAUGUGCAUCGACCUUUGACGCAUCCUGUAACUACAAGACCAAGAAUCUCAUGGCGUGCAAUAACAUCAACGAUACACCCACUCUCAAGAAGAGCUGCACAGCAUCGUGUACAGCCCAGGUUGGACCAGACGUUUGCGCACUUGAUCCAUGUGCCUGUACCAAGGCAGGCGACACCUGUGGAUCCGCCUUCCCUGAUACUUGCAACUACGAGAAGAAUUCUCACCUGUACAAGUGUGUCAAGGGCGCGCUUCCGACGCCCAUCAAGGAUUGUGGAACGGGCACUUGUUCUGCGAGUGUUGUUGAGGGGGCCUCUGUGGACUUUAGUGCGAUGGCGAAUGACAUCUGUAUUGACCAGUGUGCCUGUAAAGAGGCCGGCGUUGGGGUCUACGGUUCAGUAUUCAACUCGAUCUACGCAUACAACAGCAAGGCAUUGAUGAACUGUGCCAAAGUGGGAGAUGUUCCAACAGUCAAGGAAACCUGCACUCUAUCCUGCACAGUCCAAGCAGGACAAGAUGUUUGUGCCUGCACAACCACCGGCGAUACCUGCGGCACGGCAUUCCCUGCAAACUGCAACCUCAAGACCACGACAAUCUACAACUGUGCAGCCGUCGAGGCCAUCCCUGUUAAGAAAUUCAACUGUCUCGGCAACGCUAUCUGUUUCGUCCAGCCGAUCGGUCCAAAGUGCACGCUUCCAGAGUGUAUCAGCAAAGAUGAUAACAAGCACUGUGGGUCGGCGUUCUUUGGUGCCUGUAAUAUGGUUAGUAAUACACUUUACAACUGUGCUAUGGGCGCCUUGCCAACGGUCGUAAAGGAUUGCUCGCCUGGUGUUUGUUCGGGUAACAUUGUCUCGGAUGUGACAGCUGAGACCGCCGAUACGAAUGGCACUGUUGUUGCGGCUCACAAGCCCAAGGAUUUCACGGCGAUGGCAGGUGAUGAGUUCUGUAUUGACGAGUGUGCAUUCAAGGAAAGCGAGGCUCUAGUUUGUGGUUCAUCAUUCGAUGCCAUUUGCAAUUACAACGCCUCUGCCUUGAUGAGUUGCGAAAACACCGGUGACAUGCCCGUGUUGAUGAACGUCUGCACCACGGAAUGUACAAGGAAAGACAUCACCAGCGAGUGCAACCUUGACCCGUGUGCAUGCAUAGUUGCCGGCGACACCUGCGGCGGUUUGCUCCCCGCAAACUGCGGUUACGACCCCACCAUUGUUUACUCCUGUGCAGGUCCGGGUGCCGCUCCCGUGAAUAAGCUUGAAUGCAAGAGCGGCUCUACUUGUACUACAUCCGCUGCUGGACCGACAUGCAGGUCCUUGGAUUGCAUCUGCAAGGAUAACGGGCACCAUUGUGGGUCGCAGUUCCCGAGCUCAUGUGAAUACUCCGAGAACACGCUUUAUAGGUGUACCAUGGGCCUUGUGCCGGCGGACGAGAAGGACUGUGAGAUGGAAAGUUACGAUAACAAGACACUAAUGUCCUGCGGCAACCAAGGCGACGUCCCCGUCGUCUCAGAGACAUGCACGAGCUACUGCGACGUGAUCUCAAGUGCGCCAGACGUUUGCACGUUCGACCCUUGUGCAUGCCGACGAGUAGGCGAUACUUGUGGGAAGUCCUUCCCCGCCAACUGUGGCUACCUUCCUGACUCGCUCUACACCUGCGCCACCAAUCGCACCCUCCCCGCCAAGAAAUCGGCCUGUCAAUCGUUCGAGACCUGUCAUACAGUCCCUGGAGGAGUUGAUGUCUGUUUGGCCAACAAGGUCUGCGAUUGUGUCGGUACAGGAACAAUUGUGGAGGUCAAGCCUGUGUCGAGCCGGGGUGACUUUAUCCAGUUCAUUCAAGACAACAUCGGCUCUUUCCCCGUUGUGGGCCCCUUGAUUAUCACCCUACUCCUGGCAGGCCUCAAGUCGCUCGUGAUCGAUCUCCAGACCGGCCUCGCCACCAGCAUCGGCGGAACUGUUGCGUUCCUCUACGGCAUCCUCCAAAUGCUCAACAUCGUCUCCCCCGCCAACCAAACAAACCCGAUCCGCGACUACCUCCUCCGCCUUCUCGGUCUCCUCGACAUACCCACCGAGUGCGGUGGCGGUGGGACGUUGACAUUGAGCCCGCUGAUUGAUGGACUGUUCACGGCGCUCACGGCGGGUGCCAGUGUUGCGAUCUAUGCGAGCUACACGGCGUUAAAUGCGGCAUUGACGACGCUGGAUUAUGUGCCGUAUAUCGGAACGAUUAUGGCUCCAUUCCGGUACAUGUUGGAGGCGGUCAAACAGAUUGCGGAUUGUCUGUCGACGGGUACUGCUACUACUACUACUGGUGCUAUUGCGGUGGGCAAGUUGGAGUUGGAAAGGGAUGGAGAGGGGAAGGUGGGGUUGUUGGGAGAUGAUGGACAGGAUCAGCAGCCGUUGGUGAUUGAGCAGCUUGAGAGGAUGCUUGUGGAGGUUUGA